AAACACCCAAAUCAGAAAGACUGAAACCCUCUCUUUCAUUGCUUCGAAGCUCGACGGACUUCACCCACCAACUCAUCUGAUCACCGGGCUGUAGCCCUUCCCCGCGGAAUCAUCAAUCCAUCACGGGUUUAAGAUCACCCGGGAGUUGAUGCUCACGGCUGUGAGAUGGCUAAUCCUCAGAACGUGGAGCUGGAAGCAGCCAAGUUUCUGCAUAAACUCAUCCAGGAGUCUAAGGAUGAGCCUUCGAAACUGGCUACAAAGCUCUAUGUGAUUUUGCAGCACAUGAGGUCUAGUGGGAAAGAAAAUUCCAUGCCUUAUCAAGUCAUAUCGAGGGCAAUGGAAACUGUUAUCAAAGAACACAAUAUUGAUAUUGAAACUUUAAUGUCUUCGCGCCUGCCUCUGGCUGCUGGAGCUCAAGAUGGAGAUACUGGAUCACAACAAUUAGCUGGAUCUUCUCAGCGGGCUGGGACUGCUAAAGACUCUAAACCUGGGAAUGAGAUUGAGACACCGGAGACAUAUGCAUUAACUAGGACACCUAGUGGUCCAGUAAGUGGUGGGCAAGAUGUGUAUCAAGGUUCUACAGCUCAUAUAGGUGGUGUUGGUGUCAAGGUUCAUGGGGUUCCUCCUGGUGUUCCGGGCUCUUAUUUAACAGCAGACUCAACAAAUAGGAUGGAGUUUGCUAACACUUCCUUUGAUGGUCAGAGCCUUGCUGCCAAGAUGUCCAAGGACAGAAGUGUGGAAGCCUUUGGUGACCAUUCUACUGGAAAAAUAGCUGCUGGUGGAUCUAGUCUAGUGACAAAUGCAAAUAUGAGUUCUAUUCAGGGGAGUAUAGCAGAGCAAAACAUGUCCAGAAAUGCUGGUUCCAGGGAUACUGGGAAAUCUCCAGUUCCUCAGACUUCCAAUGCAGGCCUGCCAUUUAAGGAACAGCAAUUAAAACAACUCAGAGCGCAGUGCCUUGUUUUUUUGGCUUUUAGAAAUGGAUUGAUGCCGAAGAAACUUCAUCUUGAAAUUGCUCUUGGAGACAUAUAUUCUAAAGAAGAUGGGACCCGCAGAGAUCUCCUUGACCAGAAAGGGAAGGAGCAGCUAGUUCAUGACACAAGCGCUGUUCUAGAAGCCCCAAGGUCGAUUGAAAGGCCAGAUAGAAGCAACUCUAACCCCCCUCACUUGGAUUCUAAUUCAACAAAAGAAUCUGAUGCUGUGAAGUUUCCGGAUGAAAGAUUUAACCAACCUGUUGUUCCAGUUGAAAAUGAACAGGAUGGCAAUUGUUCAGUGUCAAGAGGGAAAACAGAUAUUGAAAUUACAAGAGAGGAUGCUAUAAAAUCACAUGCAUCACAUGAUUCAAGUAUAAGGGAAAUCCAUACCCCUUCUGAACAAUCAAUGCUCGAGGAUAGUGGUCCAUCUGUAGAUGGUUUUGCUAACGAUAUUACCAAUGCAUCAGUGCCUACCACUUUUUUUACUAGUGAUGGGGUGCUACAAAGACCAGAAGAUAGUGCUAGUCUUGCACAGAAUUCGAUGGAUUGCAAUAAUCCAGGGAAGUCUUACUCUGACAAGAAGUAUUCAAGUUUACUGUUAAAGGACAAGUGGAAGCCUGCCUCAGGAAUGAGUGGCCAAAACUACCCUGCCAUGGCAGUUAAGGAUUCCAAUGUAACUGUUAGAAACUUUUAUCAAGAGACAGACCAGGAAGAGGGUUAUCCUUCAAAGUCUACGAACAGGCAACCUUCACCGAAGUAUACAACUGUAGAAAAAUGGAUCAUGGGCCGGCAGAAAAGGAAAGUCUUUGCUGAGCACAACUGGGCUAAAAAACAGCAAAAGACAUCACAAAAAAUAAGUGGUUGUUCUGAUAGGCUAAAGGACGCCGUGAGCUCUUCUGAAGAUAUUUCUGCGAAGACGAAAAGUGUAAUUGAAUUAAAAAAGCUUCAGUUGCUAGAAUUGCAGCGACGUCUUCGGAGCGACAUCUUGAAUGAUUUUUUUAAACCAAUAGCAAGUGAAAUGGAUAGAUUGAAAUCAAUUAAGAAGCACAGGAUUGGAAGGAGAUCAAAACAAUUUGAAAGAUAUGAGCAGAAAAUGAAAGAGGAGCGACAUAGGAGAAUUAAGGAAAGGCAGAAGGAAUUCUUUAGUGAGAUUGAAGUUCACAGAGAAAGACUAGAAAAUGGUUUUAAAGUAAAGAGAGAGUGCUGUAAAGGAUUCAAUAGGUAUGUAAGAGAGUUCCACAAGAGGAAGGAAAGAUUUCAUCGUGAGAAGAUAGACAGAAUCCAGCGUGAAAAGAUUAAUUUAUUGAAAAUUAACGACGUUGAAGGAUAUCUUCGCAUGGUUCAGGAUGCAAAAUCUGAUCGAGUUAAUAAACUGCUAAAAGAGACUGAGAAAUAUCUGCAAAAACUUGGGUCCAAAUUGAAGGAUGCUAAGGUAAUGGCCGGACAGUUUGGGACUGAUAUUGAGGCAAGUAAGGGUGGUACCAUUGAGGAGAGUGAAGAUGUUGAGAAUGAAGAUGAAAAGGACCAGGCCAAGCACUAUUUGGAAAGCAAUGAGAAAUACUACACGAUGGCACAUAGUGUGAAAGAGCACAUUACUGACCAGCCAACCGGGUUGAUUGGGGGAAAACUAAGGGAGUACCAAAUGAAUGGGCUUAGAUGGCUGGUUUCUCUUUAUAAUAACCAUUUGAAUGGCAUACUAGCAGAUGAAAUGGGCUUGGGAAAAACGGUUCAGGUCAUAUCUCUUAUUUGCUACUUAAUGGAAAAUAAGAAUGACAGAGGACCUUUUCUAGUAGUUGUGCCAUCUUCUGUGCUACCUGGAUGGGAGUCCGAGAUCACUACCUGGGCUCCUAGUAUCCACAAAAUUGUUUAUUGUGGCCCCCCUGAGGAACGUCGGAGGCUAUUUAAGGAACAAAUUGUUCAUCAAAAAUUUAAUGUUCUUCUGACAACAUAUGAAUAUUUGAUGAACAAACAUGAUCGUCCAAAAUUGAGUAAAAUACAGUGGCAUUAUAUUAUUAUUGAUGAAGGUCAUCGCAUUAAGAAUGCUUCCUGCAAGUUAAAUGCUGAUUUGAAACAUUAUCGCAGCAAUCACAGAAUACUUUUGACUGGAACUCCCUUGCAGAAUAAUCUUGAAGAACUCUGGGCAUUGCUUAAUUUCUUGUUACCAAACAUCUUUAACUCAUCUGAAGAUUUUUCUCAAUGGUUUAAUAAGCCAUUUGAGAGUAAUGGUGACAGUACCACAGAUGAAGCCUUACUUUCUGAAGAGGAGAAUCUUUUGAUAAUAAAUCGUCUUCACCAAGUUCUGCGGCCAUUUGUACUUCGAAGAUUAAAACACAAGGUGGAGAAUGAAUUGCCUGAGAAGAUUGAAAGACUAAUUAGAUGCGAGGCUUCUGCAUAUCAGAAGUUAUUGAUGAAGAGAGUUGAAGAAAAUCUUGGUGCCAUUGGAACUUCAAAGGCUCGCUCUGUGCACAACUCUGUGAUGGAGCUACGGAAUAUAUGCAACCACCCAUAUCUUAGCCAACUUCAUGUGGAGGAGGUUCAUGACCUCGUUCCAAAGCAUUACCUUCCAAACAUUAUCAGACUUUGUGGGAAACUUGAGAUGUUGGAUAGGUUAUUACCUAAACUAAAGGCAACUGAUCACAGAGUUCUUUUUUUUUCGACAAUGACUAGACUACUUGAUGUUAUGGAGGACUAUCUUACCUGGAAACAGUAUAAAUACCUUCGAUUGGAUGGACAUACAUCUGGUGGUGAUCGGGGUGGCCUCAUCGAGAAGUUCAAUAAUCCUAGCUCUCCGUACUUUAUAUUUUUACUCAGUAUCCGAGCUGGAGGAGUUGGUGUGAAUCUCCAAGCUGCUGAUACAGUCAUUAUCUUUGAUACAGAUUGGAAUCCCCAGGUGGAUUUGCAAGCACAGGCCAGGGCUCAUAGGAUUGGGCAAAAGAAAGAAGUUCUUGUUCUUCGUUUAGAAACUGUCCAAACUGUGGAGGAGCAAGUUAGAGCUUCAGCUGAGCACAAACUUGGGGUUGCGAAUCAGAGUAUAACUGCUGGAUUUUUUGACAAUAAUACGAGUGCGGAGGAUCGAAGGGAAUACUUAGAGUCUCUCUUGCGGGAGUGCAAGAAAGAGGAAGUUGCACCUGUUCUGGAUGAUGAUUCCCUUAAUGACAUUAUAGCGCGCAGUGAAGAAGAAAUUGAUAUCUUUGAAUCGGUUGAUAAACAGAGGCGUGCAGAUGAAAUGGUUGUUUGGCAAAAUUUGUGUGGUGUGAAAGGGUCAGAUAAAAGCAAGCUUAUACCUCAAUUGCCUUCUCGGCUCAUAACAGACGAUGACUUAAAAUCAUUUUAUGAAGUGAUGAAGAUCUCUGAAACAACAACUCCUGUUGUAUUACCUGAUUCAGGGAUGAAGAGGAAAAGUGGAUAUCUUGGAGGUCUUGAUACCCAUCAGUAUGGAAGAGGCAAACGUGCUAGAGAGGUUCGUUCGUAUGAAGAGCAAUGGACUGAAGAAGAAUUUGAAAGACUGUGUCAGGUUGAAUCUCCAAAUUCUCCCUCAAUGAAGGAAGAAGUUACUAGAAAGACAAUGGCAGUCACUACAAACAGUGCAGUCGUAGUCAAGGGUGAGAUGCAGGCACCGGCUGUCCCUCAACUUCCUCCACUUCAUUCGCUUCCUCAACAUCCAACUGUGGAGCCUCUGGCCGUACAGAACAAAGAGGCUACACCACCAUCUAAAAGAGGGCGUGGCAGGCCAAAAAGAGUGGUGGAAGUUUCUCCACCAGUUACUUCUCCUGGACUAUUGGGACCUGUGAAACCUGAAGAAAUUUCCAAAGUUGAAAAUAUGCCUGUAGAACCUGGUCCUGAUUCUAUAGUCUGCACUACUGAUGUUGGAAGUAUCACUGGGAGCUCAAAAGAGUUGAAGUUGCCUGCUACUCUGAACUCCGGGCCACCUCUUCCCCCUUCUCUCAUUCCUGCUUCACCCCCAUCAUCUGGGCGAGGUAGAGGACGUGGUCGGAAGUCACAGACAGGUGGAGAAGCUCCUGCUCCCAGACGCCGAGGCAAAAGACAGACCACAGCAUUACAAACUGCUCAAGCAUCUUCAUUGCCAGUUGUUACUGAUAAUCCAUAUGUUGAAAUAAAAGGAGAACUUGCCCCAAGCUCUGCUAUCACUACCAGUACCUCUGUCUCUGUCACUAGCAUUACAAAAGAAGUGGGCUCUGAACCGGAUUCCGUGUCACCUUCUCCAGUGGUUCCAUCAGUUUCUGGUCCAAGCAAUUCAGAUGUGGAGCCCCAUAAAGAAGUUACACCUAAUUCUUUAAUGGCUUCUGAUAACACUUUUACUGGCUCCGUCGCCGUAGCUAGUGUAAAUCAGGCAGAUCCAGACAUUGUGCGCACUUCAAAUCCUGAAACUACACCUCCCCCACAGCCUAUUAGCGCUUCUCUCUCUGUAACAACACUGGGUAGAGGUAGAGGGCGGGGACGGGGACGAGGGAGAGGGCAGAAUGCUCCAAGUCGCGAAGAGGCACCGCAACGAAGGCGAAGGAGGCAGGAGCCCAUAGCAUCCACUGUUUCUGGUGCAUUAACUAGUCAGGACUCAGAGUCAUGUGAACCUCAACCGAAAAGAACUCGGGCUUCUGUUGGACGGAAAGACACCGUACGGCGUGAGAAGGUUCAGGAAGUGACUAAUGCAAGUCAAUUUGCUGAACAGGGUAUUCAAGAUUCUCUGGCCGAACGAGUUACUAAGGAUACAGAGAUUGGUCCAGGCAAGUUACAAAACCCUCCUAAGGAACAAGACGCAAAUGAAAAACCAAGUGAGGGUCACGGGAAUGAUGUCCUUGCUUCAAAAUCUAACCCAUCUGAUGAUUUAACAUCAAUUUCGAUGCCUGAUCCAACAGCUGGAGCGCCUAGUUCUCUGGUUCCCAAGUCUGCAGAGGACAAUGCAGAAUCUUCUAGUAAAGAACUUGAUUCAACAGCUGCAGCUCCUAGUUCUCUGGUUCCCAAGUCUGCAGAGGACAAUGUAGAAUCUUGUAGAAAAGAACUUGAUAUUAAGGAGCCCUGUGGGGAUGAUAUUUCUAUUGUCUCAGUUCUUGUGCCACCACCAACCGAUAUUAAUUGUGGAACAUCUGUAGGGUCCCAAUCCUUAGUAGGUGCAAAUAUCAACUCUCCUGUGAUUGACAAAGAUGAAUCUGGAAAAGUUGUAGAGGAUGAACAUGAAACCAAUAUUACUGAUGAAUUACCGGGAAAAGUUCUAGUGAAUGAACAUGAUACCAAUGCUUCCGAUGAAGUAUCUGGAAAAUUUCCCGUGAAUGAAUGUGAAACCAGUAUUCCUGAAGUAGGCGCAAAUGUCAACUCUCCUGUGCCUGACAAAGAUAAAUCUGGUAAAGUUCUAGAGGAUGAACAUGAAACCAAUAUUACUGAUGAAGUACCAGGAAAAGUUGUAUUGAAUGAACAUGAAACCAAUACUGCUGAUGAAGUAUCUGGAGAAGUUGUCGUGAAUGAAUGUGAAACCAGUACUCCUGAUGAAGUGGGCGCAAAUGUCAACUCUCAUGUGACUGACAAAGAUGAAUCUGGAAAGGUUGUAGAGGAUGAACAUGAAACCAAUAUUACUGAUGAAGUACCAGGACAAGUUGUAGUGAAUGAACAUGAAACCAAUAUUACUGAUGAAGUAUCUGGAAAAGUUGUAGUGAAUGAAUUUGAAACCAGUACUGUUGAAGUACCUGUUUCUACCGCUGCUGAAUUUCAUGUGGAUCAUUCCGCUAUAACGGCUAUGGAAACAGUCUGCACUGAACCAAACUCGGCCUCACCUUCCGCUAUGCUAUCGUCAGAACAAGGAAUCACAGUGAGCUCCUUAAUGGCUUCUACUCAUGCUUCAACUGAUCCAAUGGCUGUUGCAAGUUCUGACCAACCGGCUCCUGACAUUUUGUCCAUGUCGAGUGUCCAAGCUACGGAGGAAGAUAUUUCAGAGCCUUCUGCAGGGCAAGUUCCAGAGGGCGCUACUUUAGAUACAGAGAUUGGUGCAGCCAAGUUACAAAACCCUCCUCAGGAGCAAGAUGCAAAUUUUAAACCAAGUAACGAUCACAGGAAUGAAGUAAUUGCUUCAACAUCUAACAUAUCUGAUAAUUUUCCACCACUUUUGAUGCACGAUCCAGCAGAUGGAGCGUGUAGUUCUCUGGUUCCCAAGUCUGCUGAGGAAAAUGUAGAAUCUUGUGGUAAAGAACUUGAUAUUAAGGAGCCUUGUGAAGAUGGCUCUGCUGUCUCAGUUCUCGUGUUACCACAGAGCUAUAUUAAUUGUGCAACAUCUGGAGGGUCACAAUCCUUGGUAGACACAAAUUGUAACUCUGCUGUGAUUGACAAAGAUCAAGGCUUGCAUAGUGGUGCUCCUGCGGCUGCUACUGCAACAUCUGGAUCAAUGUCUCUUGGUGAUGGGAUUGACAAGUUGUAUCCUGCAUGUCAAAGCAAAGAUGAUAGAAUUUUUAGUCCUACCAAUAACCCUAACUUGGAUGAAUUUCCUGCAUCAGAUAAUAUAUCAAAAGGACCAGCUGAUUAUAAUCCCACAGAUUCAAUUUCUGAGCUACCUAAUCAUACAGAUGCUCUGGUACAAUCUGAAUAUACCCAGUCUUUGCCUGUAUCUGAUAGCAACUCCAUCAACACAGCCGAAUGCCAACAUUUACAAAAUGCAGAGAUUCAGCUUGCAUCAGUUGUUGGUCCUGAUGAAGUACCAGAAGAAGACUCUGGAAAGUCAAAUUCAAUUUCUGGGAUAAUGAAAAGCACAGAAGAUGAAUCUGGAAAAGGUAUAGUGGAUGAACAUGGAACCAGUACUCCUGAUGAAAUACCAGGAAAAGUUGUAGUGAAUGAACAUGACACUGGUACUCCCGAUGAAGUACCUGGAGAAGUUGUAAUAAAUGAACAUGAAACUAGUCCUCCUGAUGAAGUACCUGCUGUUUCUACCUCUGACUUUCAUGUGGAUCAUUCUGCUAUCACGGCAAUAGAAGAAGUCCGCACUGAACCAGACUCAGAAAAAGGAAUCCUGAUGAGCUCCUUAACGUCUUCUGCUCAUGCUUCAACCAAUCCAAUGGAUGUGGCAAGUUUUGAUCAACUAGCUCCUGUCACGUUGUGCAUGUCGAGUGCCCGAGCUACUGAAGAAGAUAUUUCAGAGCCUUCUGCCGGGCAAGUUCCCGAGGGCCGUGUUAAAGAUGCAGACAUUGAUGUGACAAAGCUAGAGGAUCCAAUUCAGGAAAAAGAGACAGUGGAAAAAGAUGGCCGUGCCAAAGAUGCAGGCAUUGAUGUGGCGAAGCUAGAGGAUCCAAUUCAGGAAAAAGAUACAGUGGAUGAUUCAGGCCAUGCCAUCGAUGCAGACAUUGAUGUGGCGAAGCUAGAGGGUCCAAUUCAGGAAAAAGAUACAGUGGAAAAAGAUGGUGUGGAUGCAGGCCAUGCCAACGAUGCAGGCAUUGAUGUGGCGAAGCUAGAGGAUCCAAUUCAGGAAAAAGAUACAAUGGAAAAAGAUGGUGGGGAUGCAGGCCAUCCCAGCGAUGCAGGCCAUGCCAACGAUGCAGGCAUUGAUGUGGCGAAGCUAGAGGAUCCAAUUCAGGAAAAAGAUACAAUGGAAAAAGAUGGUGGGGAUGCAGGCCAUCCCAGCGAUGCAGGCAUUGAUGUGGCGAAGCUAGAGGAUCCAAUUCAGGAAAAAGAUACAGUGGAAAAAGAUGUUGUGGAUGCAGGCAAUGCCAACGAUGCAGGCAUUGAUGUGGCAAAGCUAGAGGAUCCAAUUCAGGAAAAAGAUACAGUGGAAAAAGCUGGUAUGGAUGCAGGCCAUGCCAACGAUGCAGGCAUUGAUGUGGCGAAGCUAGAGGAUCCAAUCCAGGAAAAAGAUACAAUGGAAAUAGAUGGUGGGGAUGCAGGCCAUGCCAACGAUGCAGACAUUGAUGUGGCGAAGCUAGAGGGUCCAAUUCAGGAAAAAGAUGGUGUGGAUGCAGGCCAUGCCAACAAUGCAGGCAUUGAUGUGGCGAAGCUAGAAGGCCCAAUUCAGGAAAAAGAAACAGUGGAAAAAGAUGGUGUGGAUGCAGGCCAUGCCAACGAUGCAGGCAUUGAUGUGGCGAAGCUAGAGGAUCCAAUUCAGGAAAAAACAGUGGAUGGAAAAUGUGAAGAGCCUGGAAUUGGAACCCAACAUGAUGAUGGGGAUCAUUGUGGAGUUAGUCCUUCGGUUUCAACUGUGCUUUCUCAAAGUGAUGACAACAAUCAUGGAACAGCUGAGGAUUCAGAAUGCCGGCCAGAAACGCAUAACGACUCUGAUGACUUGGAAGAAAACCGGAGUACUGCUGAAGCUGCAGAAAUAUUCGCACCAACAUCACUUCCUGCAGUGAGUGACCAGUUUGAUUCUCCCAGCGGAAAUGAAGAUGCCAAUAUAACUUCUAGUGAGAAAAACCCCUAAUAUGUGUUGUAGAAGCAUUUUAAUGUACAAGUUUGAAUACAUAUCUUUGACCCUAAUUCUCCCUAUAUAUAUGUUAGGUGUCGUUUGUAUUAUGCAUAUUUACUCAAUGGAAUAGUAAAUCUAUGGUUGUUGCUGGAAUCA